AUGGCAACCCCACAGCCGGGCUACCCUCCCAAUGGUCAACCAGGCCACGAGCAAUACCAGCAAGAGCAAUAUGACUCCAACCAGCAAGAGGCCCCAGAGAAUGUGCCUCACGCACAAGGCGGCCUACCAGCAUCCACUGCUGGAGGUCGAAGAAAACGCAACUAUGCUGGGCAAGCGUAUGACUUUGGGGGAGGUGCAAACUCGGCGCUAGGCGGGCAGCAACAAGGUGGGGGAGCGUAUCCCGGACCACCUAGCAUGCAACCACAACCGCAGCCAGGAUAUCCAGGACCAGUCUAUGGAUCGAAUCCGGCCUCGCCUGGCAUGGGAGGAGCCCCUGGCUACGGACAGCCGUCUCCUGCUGUUGGUGGCUACCAGCCUCCCGACCCAGCUUACCCUACACAUGGAGUACCCCCUGCGCAACCUGGUAUGGCAGGGGUCACUCAGGGUAUGAGCAAUCUUGCUAUGGGCGGCCAAGGGCAAAAUGUACCUGUGCCGAUGCAGGGACAGGUGCAAGGACGUCCUGCGAUGAAUCAGCUCAUACCAACUGAUCUCCUGAACCAACAUUUGGAUGUCUCUGAACUUAGCCGCCCUCCACCACAGAUAAAUCUGCCACCCAAUUCCAGCGUCACUCCUUCUCCAGAUGCUAAUUGCUCCCCGAAAUACGUUCGCUCUACACUCAACGCUGUCCCAACAACGCACUCAUUGCUCAAGAAGUCUAAACUACCCUUCGCACUGGUCAUACAACCUUAUAGCUCAUUGCACGAUCAUGAAGACCCAGUUCCGGUUGUCCCUGACCAGGUUAUCGCUCGAUGUAGACGUUGCCGAUCAUACAUCAACCCGUUCGCGACCUUUCUAGACCAAGGCCAUCGAUGGCGGUGUAAUAUGUGCAAUCUCACAAAUGAGGUUCCACAAGCCUUUGAUUGGGAUGCAGCCGCGCAAAAGCAGUUAGACAGAUGGUCAAGGCCCGAACUCAACCACUCUGUUGUGGAAUUUGUAGCACCUCAAGAAUACAUGGUCCGCCCACCUCAGCCAUUAGUCUACCUGUUCCUUUUCGAUGUCAGCUAUAAUUCCGUAACCAACGGUCUGCUAGCCACAGGAGCUCGCUGCAUUCUUGAGAGCUUGGACCGCAUCCCCAAUGCUGAUCGACGAACGAGGCUUGGAUUCAUGGCCGUAGACUCGAGCCUGCACUACUUCUCCAUCCCUCGCGAUGACAGCGAGAAUGGUGAGCCAAGCAUGAUGGUCGUCAGCGAUCUUGAUGAGCCCUUCUUGCCAACACCUGUCGAUCUACUGGUCACACUAACUGAGUGUCGAGAGAACAUCGAAAACUUCUUGGGAAAGCUCCAAGAGAUGUUCCAAAAUACUCAGAACACUGGCUCCUGCAUGGGAUCCGCACUGCGAGCUGGUCAUAAGCUCAUAUCUCCCGUGGGCGGAAAGCUUACCGUUCUAACUGCAAGCCUUCCGAACCUUGGGCAAGGGAAACUUGAGAUGAGAGAAGACAAGAAAAUUCUUGGAACCAGCAAGGAGAGUAGUCUUUUACAGACUGCAAACAGUUUCUACAAGAGCUUUGCGGUUGAAUGCUCGAAGAAUCAAGUAUCUAUCGAUAUGUUCCUUUUCUCAUCUCAGUACCAAGACGUUGCGUCUUUGAGCAACCUACCAAGAUACACGGGAGGUCAAACAUACUUUUACCCAGGAUGGAAUGCGGCAAGAAGCGAAGAUGCAAUCAAAUUUGCGCGGGAGUUCUCUGACUACUUGUCAGCCGAGAUUGGCCUCGAAGCUGUGCUCCGUGUUAGAGCUACUACUGGCUUGCGGAUGAGUACCUUCUACGGCAAUUUCUUUAAUCGCAGUUCGGAUCUCUGUGCAUUCCCUGCAUUCCCUCGAGACCAGGGCUACGUAGUUGAAGUUGCUAUCGACGAGUCAUUGACAAAGGGCGUUGUCUGCUUACAAAGUGCUGUACUGCACACGACAUGCAAUGGUGAAAGAAGAAUCAGAGUUAUGACCCUUGCCCUGCCCACCACUCAGUCACUUGCGGAUGUUUACGCCUCUGCAGACCAAGCAGCGAUUGCUACAGUCUUCAGUCACAAAGCCGUUGAGCGUGCUCUGGGCAGCGGACUAGAACCUGCACGAGAUGCGCUACGAGCUAAGCUUAUUGAGCUUCUACAGACAUACCGGAAAGAAUUAGCUGGUGGCAAUAUGGGAGGUGGUGGCCUGCAAUUCCCCACGAAUUUGAGAUGCUUGCCCGUUCUUUUCCUGGGAUUAAUCAAAAAUAUUGGCCUUCGACAAUCUGCGCAAAUACCAAGCGAUAUGCGCUCCGCUGCCUUGUGUCAGCUUUCGACCUUGCCGUUACCACUCCUUAUUCAGUUUAUAUACCCUAGAAUGUAUUCAUUGCACGACAUGCCCGACAGUGCUGGCCUGCCCGACGAAGAAAAUGGUGACAUCGUUCUACCGCCCGCGAUCAACCUCUCUUCCCAGAGUCUCGUUCCAUAUGGGCUUUACCUAAUUGAUGAUGGUCAAACGCAAUUUCUUUGGGUGGGCCGCGAAGCUGUCCCUCAGCUGGUGGCAGAUGUCUUCGAAGUGCUAGAUCGGACACAACUGAAAGUAGGCAAGACGACAUUGCCGGUGCUCGACAACGACUUCAAUGAGCGGGUCAGAGCCAUCGUCGAGAAGAGUCGGGACCACAGGAGCAAGGGGGUUGGGAGCAUCGUCGUACCGAGUCUGUAUGUGGUACGAGAAGAUGGCGAGCCGGGAAUGAGACUGUGGGCCCAAUCCAUGCUCGUGGAGGACAGGGCGGACCAAGGCGUCAGUCUGGCCCAAUGGUUGGGCACUAUGAGGGAAAAGAUGAAUGAACCAGAAGGAUUUUUGAGUUCAUUCCAAUGA